UGCAUAAUACUCGAGGGUUUCAGUUUCAGUUUCUUCCCCCUGUUCAACUGAAACGGUACGCUAGCUUUCUGAAGGAGAUGUUUGGAGCAUAAGGUGAAAGGUAAGUGUAUUCUAUUAUUUUUUCAAUUAUGGCAUUUAAUUUUCUUCGUAGAACUUUAGUUCAGGAUCAUGGAAGAUACACUGUUAGUGCUUCACCAAACGAUAGAUUUCAAGACUUUUUUAAUCCAAUAUUUGUCAAAUACAUCUCAACCAACUCAAAUGAGCAAUCUUUUACAGUCUCUUACCUCAUUAAUUCAUGUGGGUUGUCGCCAGAAUCUGCUUUAAAAACAUCAAAAAAGUUGCAAUUGGAAACCCCCGAAAAAGCUGACUUAGUCAUCACCUUGUUCAGGAACAGUGGAUUCUCAGAAACCCAAAUCUGUGACCUAAUCAGAAGAUGCCCAUCACUGCUUUUGUCCAAUCCUGAGAGAAGCCUUCUGCCCAAACUUGAGUUUUUUCACUCCAAAGGCUUCUUAAGUACUGAUUUUGCCACUGUUUUAAGUCGGUACCCUAGAAUCUUGCUAAGAAGCUUAAACAACCAUAUAAUCCCUUCUUUUACUUAUCUAAGUAACUUGCUUCAAUCUAGUGAAAUGGUUAUCACUUUAAUUAAACGAAUUCCUUUAAUUCUUUAUUGUAAUCUUCAAAUUUUUGUUGAGGCUAAAUUCAAUGUUUUGCGAGAAAUUGGUGUACCUGAAACACAUAUUGUUAAGUUACUUUAUAAAUGGCCUACUGUAUUCAUAAAUUAUUCUCGUCGUUUUGAUGAGACUGUGGAAUUAUUGAAGAAAAUGGGUAUGGAUACUUUAAGGUCACAGUUUGUCAAAGCUAUUGUUAUAAUGUCAACGAUGUCCAAAUCCGAGUGGGAUAAGAAGGUUGAUGUUUACAAGAGGUUGCAUUGGUCUGAGGAAGAGAUUCUUGCUGCAUUUCAGAAGAAUCCUUGGUGUAUGAUGACAUCCGAUGAUAAGAUAAUGGCAGUAAUGGACAUUUUUGUGAACAAAAUGGGUUGGGAGCCUUCUGCCAUUGCCCAGCGGCCAAUUCUUUUUUCAUUGAGCCUGGAGAAGAGAAUUAUUCCUCGUGCUGCAGUUGUUCAGUUUCUAUCAUCCAAAGGUUUGCUUAAGGCCAAUUUUCUCUCGGUUAGACCAUAUCUCAUUUGUGAAAAGACCUUCUUGCAGAAGUUUGUGAGUUGUUAUGAUGAAUCUCCCAGGCUAAAGAAGCUGUACAAAGAGAAGCUUCGAUCUUUCAAAGAUGAUCAACUGAUCAGUAAAUAGUAGUAAGCAUGUAUUGUUUCUGAUAUGGUUACAUCUGAAUGGUCCAAUUCUGUGUGACUUGAUUUUGUGAAAUUCUUUGUAUUCAGACUUUCUAUAGUUCAAACCAGAAAGAGCAUUCAGUCCAGACUAAUCUUGGUUUACUGGCACUUCACUUUGUUAGUGAUUAUAUAUGGUGAUAGGAAUUCAGCAA